AUGAAGGGUUCGAUCUUUGCCGCCGCCGCCAUGGCGGGCUCCGUCAUGGCCGAUAGUCACUUGCACCGCCGCCACGACGCUUUCCACCGUCGCGAUGCUGCCUCCAGCAUCGUCGGGUCGAGCGUCAUCACUCCCUCCUCCUCCGCCGCCCUCGGUGAGGAGACCUGCGGUUGCACCACCAAGGUCAUCACCUACUACGGAUCGCCGACCCUGGUGCCUAUUCCCGAGUCCACCAGCACUCUGACCAGCACCGUCCACUCGACCAGCACCCUGACCAGCACCCUGACCGUGACUCCCUCCGUCGAGGCCACCCAGACCCCGACCCCGACCCCCGAGACCUCCACCGUCAUUGUCUCGCUGCCCACCGCCGGUGUCUCCAGCUUCUCCUCCACCGGUGUCUACACCAUCCCAGCUACCACGCUGACCGUGACUGACACCACCACCGUCUGCGGUGCCACCACCACUGAGGUCCCCAGCGGUACUCACACCGUCGGCGGUGUCACCACUGUGGUCGAGACCGAGACCACCAUCACCUGCCCCUAUGCCACCGUCAAGCCCAGCGGCACCACCGAGACCAGCACCAUUGAGUACACCACCUACACUUGCCCCGCUGCUGGUACCUACACCGUUGUCCCCGGUACCGUCACCUCCGUGCCCUCCAGCACUGUGAUCGUCUACCCGACCCCCCAGACCUUCACUCCCGGUACCUACACUCAGACUGAGAGCACACUGACCGUCACCCGCACCGACUACACCUACUACUGCCCCUACGCCACCGGUGGUCUGUCUUCCUCUACCGCCGCGGCUCCCACCACCACCCCCGUUGCUCCCGCUCCCACCACCACUGCUGCCCCGACCACUUCCACCGUCGUCGCCAGCACCAGCCCCGCGGCUCCUUCCAGCACUGGCGGCUCCAGCAGCGGUUUCACCGGCGAGGGCCAGUACGGUAUGACCUUCUCUCCCUACACUGAGAGCGGCAACUGCAUGUCCCAGUCCGAGGUCACCAAGAACCUCCAGAUCAUCAAGCAGAAGGGCUUCAACCUGGUCCGUGUCUACUCGACCGACUGCAACUCCCUCGAGUACAUUGGCUCCGCCGCCAAGGACCUCGGUCUCAACAUGAUCCUGGGUGUCUUUAUCGAGUCCUCCGGCACCUCCGGUGCUGAGGAGCAGGUCCAGGCCAUCUCCCAGUGGGCCCAGUGGGACAUGGUUGAGUUGAUCGUUGUUGGUAACGAGGCCAUCUCCUCCGGCUACAUCUCCGCCUCCGAACUGGCCACCUUCAUCUCCUCCUGCAAGUCCAUCUUCCAGGCCGCCGGCUACACUGGCAAGAUCACCACCACCGAGCCCAUCAACGUCUGGGAGCAGUACGGUUCCUCCACCCUCUGCAGCCCCGUCGACAUCGUCGGUGCCAACAUCCACCCCUUCUUCAACGCCGACACCACCGCCGAGAAGGCCGGUGAGUUCGCCCUCUCCGAGUACAAGAUCCUCGAGAAGCUGUGCGGCAAGGACGUCCUGAACCUCGAGACCGGCUGGCCCAACGGCGGUAACGCCAACGGUGCCGCCGUCCCCGGUGCCGCCGAGCAGAAGACCGCCAUCCAGGGCAUUGCCAAGGCAAUCGGCUCUAAGUCGAUCUUCUUUUCCUAUGCCAACGAUGACUGGAAGUCUCCCGGUGAGUUCGGUGUCGAGCAAUUCUGGGGUUGCGCCGAUGUCUUCUAA